AUGCUGGACGGCGCGCUGAAGUCAUGGAUAGUGUACUUCCUAGGCCAAUACGUGGAGAGUCAAAGUGUUCAUGUGUCAUCCAAGUUAUGGCCAUCAUCUGAACGUCUCAAGCUCGAAAAUUUGACGCUUAAAACUAGCGUCGUGCCAAAUUGGCUGCCAUUUCGACUUAAGACAGGUUUUAUUGGAUUAUUUGAAGCAGAAUUACCCAUUUCUGCCAUAUUUGGUCAUUCAUCAGCUAAAAUCAAAUUUCAAGAUGUUCUGCUUGUACUUGAACCGCUGAAAUAUGAUGAAACUAAAUUUCAAGAAGAAGUUUUGGCAAUCGUCGAUUUGAAAAUGAAAAGACUUCUUCAAGACUUACACGAUCGAUGGAAUGGUCCACAAGUACUCGAGUACACUGUAUCACAUGAGAGUGAAGGUUACUUUGGUACUGAUGGAUGGAUUGGACGAACUAUGACGAAAUUAAUUGACAAUUUACAGAUUGAUAUUCGAAAUUUUCAUAUUCGAAUCGAAGGCGUUUGGAUUCCAAUUGGACCGAUACAAAGUCCCAUCACGUCAAGAAAUAAUAGAAAUGAGAAUGUUCGAUCGGACGGCGUUAAAUUUGCAGCAGGAUUAACAUUAGGAGCACUUUCAGCUGUUACGACACCAAGUAAUUGGCGAGUAGGCGGCUUUGACGACCAAAAAUCUCUAAAUCUACACGAAAAUACUCAUUUGGUCUUCAAAUUGAUCAAUGCAAUCGAUUUAUCGGCAUAUGUGGAUCCAAAUGCUUUGCACUUUAUUCAUUCGAAAGUACAUCCAAAAGUGUUGCAGUCGACGUUAUCGAGACUGAAAGAAAUGGGAUCGCGAAGAGCUCGAGCAGAUUGGUGGAAUGCAAAUGAAAGUGUUCAUGCUCAUAGGUUUUUAGUAGCACCCAUAACUGUUGCAUUAAAGUUAACAAUGAAUACAGCAGUACAACAUGCCGAGACAAAAGAUCCGCGAUACGAUGCAGUGUUUCACUUGUCAAAGAUAUGGAUGACAUUAGAUGAAGAUCAAUUGUCAGUUUUAAAUUUGAUAAUUGAUUCAUUUGCUGGAAAUGAAAAGUGGCGAAAAAUGGUCGCAGAGCAGGUCAAAUCGACUGAGGCAUUGAGUGUACAUAUGGAAGAAAAAUUUGGCGAAUUGAUUGAGAAAUAUCUAGAUUACUGGAAACAAGUGAUAGCGAUGAAAAACGAAGAUAUGGAUGUUGUACAGAAGACCGACGCAUGGAAAUAUGUGACGAAGAUUGAACAACAACUUCCGUACGAAGUGGUCAUUUCAUUUCGAAAUCGAUUGGGACUAGACGAUGUGGUCGGUGUUGGAAAAGUUUUACCGAAUCCGAGUGCUUUGUACGGAUUUGGCAAUGCCAUGGGAAUUCCACUGCCAGAAAUUAGCGUGUUGUUUCCGGAAGGCCCGACGGGACUGUCGUUUGAGCGAACGUCGUCGGGUGAGUUUGCGAUAAACCGUUGUAUUGAAAAGAGUCUUGCAGCAGUGAAAGAGAGUGUGAGGCCAGGACUUUUACUAGUUAAAGUGAACGAUCAACCGCUGCAGGAAAUUGUUCCAGCUCACUCUGCUUUGGAUGUGCAGUUAGCUAUUGACUCGAUACCUGGAACGAAAGUUUUGACAUUUCGUCACCCGUCAGUGACUCCUCUACAAGUUACACCAAUGCAUGUCGUCGCGCGAGUAUCUUUUGCUUCAGACCAACUAAAAUUUUGUUUGGUUCGUUCGUUUCAAAAAAGAGUUCUUGUUGAGAUUCUUCUGGACCAUCCUGGAGUGUUGAUCCAUGGAUUUGGUCCGGGGUUAUUUUCUUAUCACUUUUACGAAGUGCAAGUUGAAGACUUUUACGUACAGAGCAUAGCACGCGUAGACGACGAAGGCAAUUACUGCAUUGCUUCGAGUAUUACAAAACCGGUUACUAUGACACUGGAUGAAAGCAAAACACAGGACUCAGCACUUAGAUUCAGCACAAAUUCUCUUUACGACGCACAUCCAAAUGCUCAAGUUGGUAAAGUAGAGACGUAUGGGUCCAAAAUGUCGCUGACAGUUGGCAAUUCGAUCGUUGUAUUUGACGAAACAAUCGUAUCGACGCUUCUUAAAGAUUGGAAAGACUGGCACAAUGCUAUCUCGAGCAAUAGUAUAAGUGGAGAGCCGUUGGCGAGUGCCGCUCGAGUGGACGUUGACUUAUCGACAAUGCCACCUUCUCUGAGAUCGCAGCUACUUUCCUCUUACGCAUCGACUAGUCUCUCGAAUACGCUUCUCAGCGAUGAACCUAAAGAGUCUGCUGACAGUUUAAGCUACUCGUAUGAAGUGAACAUUAACCUGAUGCGGGUGUUUGUGAGUGCGCCGGAGGCACCUGUCCCUGUGACGAUCUCAACGGAACCAUCAUAUCGUGCGUUGCUAAAGCAAUUAGUUGGCGACGAACCGAGCGGACCACCCGCAAGUCCAGAUUGGGCUAGAGCUGCCCAAGCUAUUGUUGUCAUGCAACGCUUUAUUCGAGGAGCGAUGGUUAGGAAACGAAAAAUGGUGCGUCUGGCUCUUGCAAGGAAUCGAUGGCUCUUGUAUCAAGGCAGUAUUCGAAUGGGAUGGCUCUUUACACGGGAUGAUUCACUCGCUUUUAGACGAUGGCGACGGUCGUGGUGUCAUUUGGAUGAUGACGGAAAUUUUUUUGUGUACACGAAUGGAGCUGGUGUCGAUGUUGUCGAUGAAUUUAGACUGUGUGGUUGCAAAGUAAUCAUGUUGCCGUAUGCUACUGGUGGACCUUGGAAAGCCAUAGAUAAAGUGUGUCAAGUACUUGAAAUUACGACUCAGUCGGGUGUUCUUCGAAAGGUUUUGUGUUCGGAUAAUCUAGCUGAGUUGACAAAGUGGAAGCUCAGUAUUGAAGUCAGUGCGAGAACUGCGAAGACAUUGUCAAGUGAAGAGGUGGAAGAUGGAGCUCAUGACGAGUCAGUUGGAGAGGAGAAUGAGUUGGCUGAUGAGGACGCACUAUCAGAGCAGCAACCUACCGUUGCUCUGGAUGUAUUGUUACUUGGAGGUUUCUCGAGUAUCUUUCGACCCACAGCGAUGCUGAAGAAAGAGCAGUCGGAAUGGUUCUCAUUGAAUGUCACAAGCGUUUCGUUCGUGGUAGAUGUGCAUCGUGUAUCAGAAGCAGACUGCUCUGCGCUCGCACUGUACCUAGGCUUGACCGACUUUACACUUCUUGACCAUCGACAGUCGUCGGAAUAUGGCGUGCUCCACGUCGGUGACAAGUUUUUAAGUUUGAAAAAUGGAGAGUUGACCCCUGGAAAGAUGCGAGCAGAUCACCUGAACACAGGCCCAUUUUUCGUGCUUCAUCUGUCAUACCGUGGUACACGUGCUGGACCUACGUGCUUUGUGUUACAAAAUGGGCUUCAUGCGGAUCUCAUGCUUUCUGGAUGGGUCAUGCCACUCACGUUAACCCAAAUUCUGCUCGAGAUUGUCAAUGUGUUGAGUGUGCUCUGGGCCUCUGACCCAAUGACAGAUAGUAGUGACCCUCGUGUGUCUACUGCACCGCAGACUAUCGUCGUAUGGCAAGAAGUUCCCGAGCUUGGAAUUCAAAUUCGUGCUCCGAUUCUUGAAGCAUAUCUUGAAGAUUCUCACUGCGUUGCCAAGCUUACGAUUGAAGACAGUUCAUCUUCUUAUCGUGCAGAACCAGGAGUCGAGACUUUCCGACUACAUCUUGGACCAACGGCACUAUUCGUAUUGACGGAAGAUGUGGCUCUUCGACUGGUACAGGUAGAUAAGUUUUGGCUUAGUUACGAUCUUCGAGUUCAUCGACAAACAGACUCACCAGUAGCAGGAUGCGACUUGUGUACGGAUGAGUCAGCGAAGAAGCCAGUGUGCCAUCGCACUCUAAGUGUCUCGAUUGGUCAAGUAAAACUCGAAGCAGAUCGACGUUUGGAGUUGUUGUUUGCAUUGUUAGAGGCUCUAACCCACAGCGAAGUGGAGUCUGAAGACGACUACGACAGUAUCAAUGAAGAGAUAGCUGCUGACAGCGACGGUGGCGACAAAAGAGUUUAUGAUGUGAGCUUUCUUGGUGAGCACACGGCACAAACAGAACGCUUUUCGUCCAUGCAGUUCACACCGUCUCAAUAUCAGGAUCACAGUGAUUUGCGGCCCAUGUACGCGACGGGCUUUAGUCGACGGCUUGGCUCUCCAUCUCGUCGAAGUCGAAAAUCAACGUCGACUUCUGCUGGUUUAAAUUACGACCUUCAGGAUACGUGCCACGAACGUAUGAAACGUCGAGCCAAAGUGUCUGCGUUCAUUCCUCUUUUAAACUACCAGACGCUUAUCGGUAUCACAGCCGAUCCGCUCGAGCGUCAAGCAUCGAUUAAAACAAUUUUUCGUACACGACUACGAGUAGGAAGGAUUCACGAUCGGUUGUCAAUUACAUGCUACUCGAUCGUGUUUGAAGUGAUUAAGCGAAGUUUGUCGGUCGUGUCAUUGGACACGUACAUUCCAGUCAUGAACUUUUCUGUUAGUGACAUGAAAAUGCAGUGCAUGACACGCACUGAAUUCUCCGUGGACCAUGCAGUGGAUGCAAGUAUCGAGAUCUCUGCUCGAUACUACAACACAUCGCUGGCUGACUGGGAGCCGUUUAUUGAGCCGUGGCGUGCAUACGCUAAGGCAAGGAGUGACGGCGGAGAUGAAGGUACGACGAUGCAGCUUAGCGCUUUGCAACGUCUAAACGUUAAUUGUACGGACGCGUUGAUUCGCUUGCUUUCAAGUAUUGCCAAGAACCGUCGAAAACAGGAUGCUAUUGUCGAGAAACGAACACUUGCAGCCGUUGCAGCAGAUGGCGAAGCAAAGAAGGAAGACGGUCGUGUGUGUGUGUUAAAUAAUCUUGGCGUUCCGAUUCGUCUCGCAAAUCUUAAUACGUCCAACUCUGGUACACUUCACGUGGAUAUUCGCGACGGUUGGUCCUAUCCUGGGUAUUCACGAUUCCACAACGUACGCGUGUCGGUUGUCUUGUUACCAUGGUGGCAUCCGCGCGAGAUACAAGCAGUCGUAAACUUUCGUCACAAGUUUUCUUUGCCAUAUGGUGGCGCACAGUCUGGUGUCACGCCCAUUCUGAGGAUUGAUGUGCUGACUACAGAUGAAGGGAAACGUAAUUAUGUAUUUGAUCACGUGAUGAACAAAUACGUCGAAGUAGAACACGACGAUGAUGACGAUUUAUUUGACGUACCUGCCACCCAGCGCGUGACACAGCCGGCGACUCAGCACUGCUCAGACCGAGACAAUAGCAAUGCAACAACAUGCACGUCACAACGAACGAGAUUGUCAUCAAUUGGGUGUGCAGAGAUCAAUCUUGCUGGCAAUGUCAUGGCGUCACUGGAUCCACAUCGAAUGAAACUGAAUCGAUGGUACCGUCUUCAUGAUUUACGUGGUCACAUUACAGGCGAGAUCUUCGUUGGUUUACACUUUGUGCCCGAUGUAUCGAGCUCAAUUCAACGCAAUCGAAUGAGCGAACUACAACAAGUAAAAGACGGUCAAUUCUUAGUGUUUGAUCCGUUGAAAAUUGUGACGUCAAAUGCAAAAGAUCCGUCAAAUCAUUGUUCAGACCAUGUGAUGCUAUCAGCUGGUCUACGUGGAAGUUACAUCCCACCACUGGCGCUGGAAGUUAUUGUUGGGUCUUUGCGCAUGGGUUUGAUGUGUCCACUCCGUCGUGCUGGUAAAUUUCUUAUCCAAGGCGAAAAGGUGGUCGCAGAAGUCAAAGUAGCACAACGAGACGAAUCUCGUCGCGUUUUGCUCUUAAAUUCACCGGUCCAGCUGAAAAACGAUACCGGCAUUGAUAUGGAGCUGUGGACUUGUCGUACGCGUUUAGCUCCAGGCGAGAGCGGCGCGCUGCCAAGUACUGGCAAAUUGUUGACUUUGACGACAAGAAAUAAAAUGUCGGUUCCGAUUUGUGCAUUGUUUGGUGAUGAAAAAGACUCGAUUGUUGUCAAAGUGGAGGGGUGUAAGCCUACUGUCGUAGCUGAUCUGAAUAAACUCGCAGCAGGGUCGACUAUUCUCACGCUCGAGGCGGAAGAUCCAGAAGGUUUAGGCUAUUGUCUCUACGUGAACAUUACAGCACAUAUGCGCAAAGUGUAUCGAGAAGAGCAUCAAGGUAUGAUCACGCGAGGUAUUACGAGCGAAGACGGCGAGCUGCAGAUGUACGCGACGAAGUAUCAGAUCUCGCUACAUUCGUGUCUCAUUCUUGAAAAUACACUCCCAAUUCGAGUUCAGUUCAAGAUUGUAGCCAGUGGUAUGGUGAAUAAAAUUGUACGCACUGGAACAUUGUCACCCGGUGAGGAGAUUCCACUUCAUGAUUUUCAAUUGGAUGCACGAUUAAUGCUGCGAUUGCCGGAAAUGGACUCGAUUUGGAGUCGUGCCAUUAACCUUGGUGACUGUAUCUACCGCGAAGGAAUGGACAAGUCGAUCAAGACAAUGUUAGGAGCCUUAGGGGUUUGGAAUCCAAUCGUUGAGUUUCUGCCUUCGCCAGAGAGUACUGGCCUAGCUUUUAAAGAAGGAGAUAUCGCGUCAAAUAAGGUAAUUACUCGAAUUGACUAUACAGCUGCGGACGAUGGAAGUCCACGCAUUGUACUCUUUUGCUCCUUGUGGGUAUACAAUCAAUCGCACGUUUCGACGCUAUUGUUUCGUUGUGCGGACGAUCCCAGCGCAUCUGCGUUAAUUGUGCCUCAACUCGUGGCUCAGCGACCAGUUCCACGCUUAAUGGACUGUCCUGAUCAAGCGUUUGAGAUUGGGACAAUUAUUGACACAGAAGUUUCCCGCUGGUCUGACAAGAUUCACUCGACAGUUGUAGGAGUUCAAGAACCCAUUAGCCUGAAGUUUGGCAGCAAAUUAGGACCAAAAACACGUAUCGAACUCGGAAUUUCGAUCCAGCGACCACUGGGUCAGUUCCACCGUACCACUCAAGUCAUUGUGUCGUCGCACUUUUUCUUUGUAAACAAGACGUUUGCAGCGUUUAAAGUCUCUCAGUACACGCGAACAAUCGAUCGUAUUGUGGAACUUCCAGCCAUGUCAAAGAAAGGGAUUCCAUCUGCACAUCCGUUUGAUUUUGAUGCUACAACUAGCUUAGCAAAUCGACGUGUAUACUUGCGUAUGGAUCAUUUUGGAGCUGGAUGGAGUGGACCAUUUGUUGUGGAUGAAGAGAAUGAGUUCUCACUGAAGCUUAAAGGAAAUGUAAUGGAUUCGUGGCAAGAUACUAGGGAUACUCUGUAUCAACGUGAGGGAUUUCGACGGAGUGAGGCGGAUAUGCAUCGCGUGAAAGUUCGAAUUAGUAAUAUGGGACCAACCAUAGUAGUGACGCUAUUGCGGGAUGAUCCACCGAUGUAUAUGAUACGUAAUGAAUCAAGUUCUGAUGUGUUUGUGAGUCAAGUACAUCAUUCGGAAGAUCCAGUGAUGAUUCGUAGUCAGGAGUUUAUUCCCUUUGCAUGGGUGAAACCAGAUGGACCCUGGCGAGUGGCGUGUCGAACAGGAAGUAAAGUUGGUCGAUUCAAGAUGGUGUCACGUAAUUAUGGCGUCUAUGAUUUUGCAAAUUUAGAUCGAGAGCGAAAUAUCGACGCGUUACGUUAUCGAAUGUUUGGCAGUAAAUCCAAGACAAUUACGGGCGAUAUCGUUAUUGACCGUGCGUCGCGGGUAUUGGUCUUUCGUGAUCAUGACAAAGAUAUACCACCGAGUUACAUUCUUGAAGUUAAGAUAGUUGCAGCGCGUCUUCGAAACGAGUUUACGCUUAAAGCUGGAUCCACUGCCGAGCUGAUUGCUGAAACAGACACGCAUGCUGCGAAAGCGGUGGAAUCAAAGGAGUUGAAGACAGCACACGUUUACCGUUUUGAUUCGGAUCUUGAGUUUCCGUGUGACUCACGUCCUCGAAUACUUACGUUAAACUUCUACAAUAGUCAACGCGAACAAGGAAAUUUUAUGCAUAUGUCAUCGAUUGGGAUUGAUGAUGAUAGCUUCCUUAACAGUAGUCGUGGCGUUGGAUCUGGCAAUGAUUCCGCGAUACAUCGACUCGCUGAUACAGAGCUGGGAGAAUGUGCAAGUCCAAGAACGGGAGAUAAUUCCACGUCGUUUGAAAUGCUGAAUACUCCAGCCGCUUCUCUGACUCGACCCUUAUGCAGCAACACCCCUGAAAAUCUGACUUUGUCUCAAACUCCGCCGUUUUAUCAAAACGAUAGCGAUCUAUCAUACACGGACGUAGCGAAUCAGCUUAGCGACAUUGGACGGGUAAGCGAUUCAUAUGCGUCGUCUGAGCAAUCGGAUGACGAUGAUCGACGUAGUAAUGACACGGAACUCGGCGCAACGGGCACUGUUGAGAUCAAAAUUCCAAAGAAAGCGUGGACUCGCAUGGGUGUAGGUGCGAAACGAUCAAUUGCACUGUCGUACAACACGGCAGAACAAGCGCGUCGAUCUCUUGGACGCGUGGAAGGUCAUUGGUGGGAAAUGCGAGACCCAGAGAGCGGCGAUGUUGUCGGUGAGGUUUUAGUGGCGCUCAAAUUUCGCACAUUUGUACGAGAACAUGAGCAAGUGACUGGCAUUUACAACAUGAGUUUGAUCAUUCCAAGUAUUGGAUUAUCAUUUUUGCACAAUGCUAACUCCAGUCUAGUCGAAGUGGCCUAUUUGUCCAUGCAACGCCUUGGAUUGCUCUACUCUUGUGCUGGUGGCAGUAGUGAAGUGGUCUUUUCACUAGGGAAUUUGCAAAUGGAUAAUCAAAUGGAGUGCGAAGUAGUAUUAGGUCCAAAAGUACAUCAAGUGAAAGAAGGUGUGUCUGUGCGCUUACGGGAUCGCUGGCGGAGUUUUGUGAACUAUCGGUACCGUGGUAUUUUUGAAGAACUGGAUACGAAUAGCUUAAGCGUCAUUCAGUUUCGAAUGCUUUGGAAUUCGAGCUGUCAUGCCGGGGACUUUACGCACUACGAGUUAAUUGAACUCAUUAUGCAAGAGCUCGAAGUAUCAACGGACGAAAAGUUUGUCGUCAAUCUUAUCAGCGUAUUUCAAGGGUUAGAAGGAUUGACAACACACCAUUCAUUUGAAGAGAUUGUCAACACACAAUUUGAUUAUGCUACUGGAAUGAAUAGUCGAGCACUCGUACCCGCACCAGGCGUAGAUGAGCGAAGUGGUGUUGGCACGGCUAGCGCAACGGUCACGGACGCCAGUGGCGUAUACAUUGAAGAGUUGUCGAUUGAAGCGAUUCGGAUUAAGUUUAGUAUGGAAUUAAACGGUGGACGACACAUUAAAACACUAGGUCCAUCCGGUCGACGACUGGCGGUGUAUUUACCCGAGUCGAAUGUCAAAGAUUUUCGAUUGUACUUGACAAAACUUUCGUUCACGCAUUUGUACGAACCGCAGAGUAGUGUCGUGCAAAAAGUCAUGCGACGAUACUCGCAACAAGCUGUAAUUCUCGUGCUUCGUGGUUUGCAUACCGUGUCUGUAUACGCGAACCCGUUUCGAAUUGUUUACCGUUUAGGUCAUGGAAUUGUUGAACUUGUACGAUUACCUGCACGUGGAUUGGCAUCCGGUAGUCCAUUAGAACUCAUUAGUGGCGCGUAUCUUGGUGUUCGUUCGUUGGCCAUGAACACAAUUAGUGCGAGCUAUGAAAUUGUAGCAGGAGCAACAGGAAUCUUUGCAGCGAUUGUCACUCCAUUUGUACCGGAAAGUCGACGUAAAGCUUUUGAAGAAGAUCUUGUUGCAUUUCAACGAGCUGUGAUUGAAGAAGUAGAUGCAUUUGAUGCAGCUGAAGAACGGACAAUGACAAAAGUAAUUGUGCGAAAACCACGUGAAUUUGACCAAAGUGGAGUUGGCCUUUUGACUGUCUAUGGUCCUGGAUCUGUACCAUUAGAAGAGCAAGAACGAAUUGAUCACAAGGCUGUUGUACUUCUUCAACUUUGGUGGCGUCGUCGACGACGAGCGAAUUUAUUAUUGGCAGAAGCACGACGUUUGCGACCUGAAGUUGAUGCUGAAGAACGUGUGUUUGGCUCAACUCAGUGUGUUAUUCAGUAA